UUACGGGUCUUGUGACGAAGGGUCGAGGCAGUUUCAUGGCGAAAGGAAGGAAGAUGUUGGCAUAAAGAGUGGUGAACAGUGAAACCAAGUGAGAGUUGGUGUCUAAAUUACACCCUGCGAAGAUUAUAUUGAUGAUAUCUCUCUCUUAUCUUAGGAACGGUGAUGCUGGUCUUCGGAAUGGGUCUUUAUGAGCCUUUUGUUAGCAAUCCGGGUUCCGCUCAGUCACAAUCGGGCAAAGGAGUUCCACAGGGCUCAAAUCUUUUGGCUUAUUCACCCUCAAGCGAAAAGGCCUCUAAAUAUGCAGUUACCAAAGAGUGUUCACCCACCACCACCAGUAAAGCCUGGAGUAUCUGAUUCGAGUGAGCAGAGACCUCCUUCCAUUGAUAGAUAUUACAGUAGAAUAAAUCGUUACAAAUUUACUGAGGCAGAAGCCUUCAGGCCAACAAGUCCAGGUCAUAGCCCCGGUGUUGGCCAUAAAGAACCUCCAUCUGCUCCUUGAUAUAUAGAUUGCUCGUUGUGGCCUUUGCUUGGUGACUGGUGAGAGGAAAAAUAAUAAGUUUUCUAAAAGCUUGCUUGAGACUGGGGUGGAGAGAGCUUAUGGCAGCAUGAGUGUCACAGGGUUUUGACUGCUUGCAUAGAAAACGAC